CCUUCUAUCUAUGUUAUUUGAGCCGUGUGAAUUAUUUUCUGAAAUCAUGCAAGCCUAACGCAGUUACAGUUCAUAAUGCAACCGAGUUAUUUACUCCUGAUUAGGUGACUUACAUUGGAUUUUAUCCAAGACAGAGACAUUAUAUAGACUCUUUCUAAAACUAGAUCUCGUUUUAAAAUCUACUUAAAUAUAAAGAUAGUUGUCUGAACAGGGAACAGCAGAUGUUUCAACAAAAUAUGUCCUCCACGUUUCAAUGUGUAAGUUUAUUACCUCCUUGAAGUGAGUCGUCCUCUCUUCCUUGAGCAUUUCUAGAUCAUGUACAAGAAGAAACUUGUGAAGAUGAUAACAAGACAUACAUUGUGACUGCAAGCAUGGAAGCCAUAAAACCGUUAGAGAGAUUGAGAAUCCAAGGUAACCCAGCUUCAAAGUCUGACAGUUCUAUGAACAAAACAGAAGACGCUAGCUCGUCAGAGCUAAAUAAAUUACCUGAUAUAAUGACCAGCAAGAACUCGCUAUUUAACAAACUGGGCCAUCUGAGACGAUAUGUGUUUCCGGACAGAGCUGCAUUGAGCGAGCUGAAUGGUCGCGCUAAAGAGGAUCACCAAGUUCGCCUGAACGUUCGUGGCAAGACAAUUUACUGGGACACAGAAUUCAAUGUCUCUUCCCCCAACUUCUGUUCGGUGCAGGACUUGAACUCAAAGAAACACACAAGCUGUAAAAGUGAUGAAAUGAAUGAGGCGACCUUGACGGAGUUGCCGUCUGAAAUGAGCAUUGAAAACUCUACAGAAAUUUCGUCUAAAGCAUUAAACAACACUCUGCUUCAGAUAAAUCAUGCUACGGCGCCUGUGGUGUAUGUCAUGAACAGAAACAAUAAGUUGCGACACUCCUAUCACGGGGUUGGCAGCUUGUCACUAACUGGUCAGAAACUCACAACUCCUCGAGACUUUAACGAGCAGCCAAGGGCAGCCUCACAGACACUUUUUAUUUCGUCAGAGCGCGAAGAGCCUCUUCUUGAACCCAUGCCGAACAUUUCCGGGUCGUCUCCGGUACACAAACGCUGCGAUCGGCCAGAAGCGAAAACUCGAGUUGCCCUUCAGAGAGUUGUACACUCGGCGGUAUUGAAACAAUGUCUACAAAUACAGAAGCCUCAGAAGCACGAGAACAAUACUAGCCUCCUGACAUCUGUGGACAAUUUAAAAGGCAGUUUUAUUUCUCCGCUUACCAAUGGAGAAACUAAAACAGACACUGAAGUCACAGAGCUGAAGCGAUAUCAGUUUAAUUCCUUAGACAGCUAUAUACUUUUCAACGCUAAGAACCAUCAACAGGAUUAUCCAAAUCAUAAUGGAAUCUCUGCAAGAGCUCCAUUGACUAGCCAGAUGUCCAGUUCUAGCUCAGCAAGAAGUUUUCGCGGAAACGGCAUAACUUAUCCCUCAGUAAAGAAAUAUCCCAACAUGAAUGGGCAAACGAGUGUAGCCCAAUUAUCUGUAGUUGGCUUUUCACCAAUCAUCAAAUCUCAAACGGAUAAGGAUGUCACUGUGAAUGAAGAUAUCAAAACUGCCACCAAUGUAGCAAAGUUCUCAAUCAAUGGUGCUGACAUAUCUCAAACUAAAGAUAGCACAAAGGAUAAAAGGACUAUGCUGUCCAAUGAUUCGCAGUUAAUGAAAGUUAGUCAGUAUGAAUCUAGCGAAGAUUUCUUGGACGCUUUGAACCAUGAGUUCAGCCUAACUUGUAUUCCACUAAAUAAUGCCGGUACUAGAAAAAAAGAUCUAUUUAGCUGAGGAAUUCCAUUUUAAGAACAUUAACAGUAAUAACGUACCGAGCGGUAAUAGCAUACCGUAUGAUAAUAAAGCCAUCCUGAAUUCUAUCGAAGUAAUAUCAUUUGUGCCACCAUGACAGAAAUGUCUGUCCACAUCCUAUAUUAAAGAAUAAAGAUUGUAAAAUGUAAUAUUUGAAUAUAAAAAAAAAUACUCAUGUCAGUCAAUACUGAUCCAUUCUUUUGGAGACUUAAAGACAUGUCGAUAUUAAUAUAUUAUUUUAAAAAGGUUUUUCUCAUAUAUGCUAAAAUAAUACAUAAAAGAGGUGCAUAAAUUAAUUCUGCAGUGCUCUCCCCUGGGAUUUACAGGGAGACAAGUCUCUCAUACACAUCAUCCUAAUUGGUUUCAGAUCAUACGACAAAGAGAUUAUUGCCCAAAUACGGAAAGCUAUACAACAAUUAAUUCAACGAACAUAAGCAGAAAAAGUAGAGUAUUAAUAUUAAUUCAACUGCACUGUAGAUAUCUCACUCUAAAUGUUAGUUUGCAAUUUAAUGAUGGAGAAAAAAAAAGAAGGAAAAGCAAUACGAAGAAAUGUAUUGGCGAUAAAAUGGACAUUUAAUUAAAAAAAUUGGAACCAGAAAAAAAGACGAUUGGGAGACAUUUUGAAAUAGACAAAAUAAACAAAGUCAAGGACGCCUUAUUUAAAGAUGCCUGUUGCCAAGGCAAUAAAACAAGUGUCUUGUGCUACGAAAUGGGAUUUGUACAGAGAUGACAUGUGGACAAGAAUUAGUAAAUGGUCAAUUGAAAUACUUCGCUCAUCAAUACUUUCUUAUACUUCACACGGGAUACACACGGGAUUCACCAAACAACUGUAAUUUUAUGGACUGACAAUCUGUAAUACAGGCCAAACAGUAUUAAUAACAUUUUAAAUCUAAUCGCGUUUGCUUAUUUCAUAUAUGUGUGUAAUAUUGUGCAUAUAUAUAUAUAUGUGUGUGUGUGUGUGUUUGUGUGCUGCACAGCCGCGAAAAAAACAAAAGGAUGACAGUGUUGUAGAAAUAUUCUUUUUAUUACAAAGCUUUUAUCAACUCACUCUGUAUGUCUGUCUGUCUGGUAAAAAGCGUGUAGACGUGAUUUCUCCCACACCCAUUCUUGGAUCAAGAUGAAAUGUCGCACAAUUAUUCAUUGACAUAGAGAAAACAUGAAUUGAUUUUAAAAAAGUAACUUAUUAGAAUUAAUUACUGGUAAUUUAUUAUUUUGUUUGAUAGCAACAAGGGGAUUAGCUAUUGAAACAUAUGGCUAAAUUUGUUGGGUUUAAUCCCCUUAAAUAGUUUUAUCGCUAUUUCUCCCUCAUGCAUUAUCAAGUUGAUACUUUAAAAAAAUUACUGGACCUAACAAAACAUGAAUCAAUUAACGAAAAUACUCAAUUAGUCAAUUAUUUAUUGGUAACUAAUUAUUUUGUUUGAUAUCGUAAUAAAGGAAAUAACUUCUACAUUAUGAGUCAAAGAAAUAGCUUCAGGGACACCCUCAAUGCUUCUCUGAAGGCGUUCAGCAUAGACCCAGCUACCUGGGAGACAGAGGCACUUGACAGAGCAUCAUGGCGUCGCGCUGUGAAAACUGGCGCACAGGUUGCUGAGGAAAAGAGAACAACGCUGGCAGAAGAAAAGCGCCAGAGAAGAAAAGCAAGGCCAAUGAUACUAGCUCUAGCCGGAAUAACCUGCCCAGAGUGCAGCCGAACAUUCCGGGCUCACAUAGGUCUCACCAGCCACAUGAGGAGGCAUAAUAUCCCAGUGCAGAGCCCUCAUUCCUCUGGAGGACAAAGUGGUCAUCAUCGAAUUACGAUGGACGAACUCUAUAUGUAAAUAUAGACAUAGUUUUAAGGACGCAUUGCUCCCCUUUAGAUUAGCUUUGCUGAUGUUUUUUUUAAAAGAUUUUUUUUUAUUUUGCUUGUUAUUUUGAAGUAACUCAAUUGCUAUAAGUCAAUGUUCUUUUCUAUAAAGUAUUUUGAUAUGUUCGUUUACAAAAGAGAAUUCCCAUUAAAAUAUUUUUUUAA